AUGGCUCCAAGACGACCCCAACUUGAAGCCUCUUCCACAUCCCACAAGCCAGUGGGUGGACCAGAUCAACUCCCGGUAGCCAGAUCUUCUCACACAAUCGACGGGAUACAUUCCCAACGCAGUCUCCACACAGAUCCAGAUCUUGUUAAUGUUAAGGAAUUUCUUGUGACUGGUUCUAAGAUGCCUUUAUGGCUCUACCUCGUCGAGUGUAACAUCCAUCCCAGGGAGCCACUGAGUCAUGGUUUUCCUCCGCUUAACAACGUUUCGGAACAUCGAUGGGAAAAGCCAGCUACACCAGGGAUUUUGGCUCGCCAUAUCGAAAAUCACUUUGAAAUUGAAGGCCUUCUUGAGAACGACCGAAACCAAAAAAAAUUCAGGCACGAGAUCCAGGGAGGUUACAGAUGCCUCUUUCUUCUCGAAAAGCAUGCACUCUCGCACAUCAAGGCUAAAGAAGCGGAGAAAAAAGAAUUUGCUAAGUGGAGGAUCUAUCUUAUAGAGGGAAGGAAGCUUAGCGACCAUCAAGCAGUGGUCGUUGAUGUCGACAAGGCACAUAAGAUAUUGUCCUCGUCAGGCUUGAUAACACAGAGGUUGAGUACUGCAACCACGGAAGGCGCUUAUCUUGUGCUCGGUGGUAUCGAUGCCCAUGAGGUAUCUGGUAGCUACCCUUUGAACGCAAGACGGCUUUGGGAACUGGGUCUCAGUGAAGUCGAGCUCGCUGCCAUUCGAAAAGGCAUCGAACUAGGAGCUCUGAAUGUCAUCGACAUGGCAGGAGAGCCUUUGCUACUAGAUGAACAUCAAGAAGCGAGUCAGCAAACCGGAGACCAAGACACUACUUCUGCUGCUAUAAACAAAUUACGACAACCUUUCCCUGGGGAGAUUAAAAGCGUCAUUCAAGCCAAGCGGGACAGGAAAAAUAAGGGCAAAUAUCUAUUCAGAGUUGACUGGGUAGGAGUAUGGAUUCCGAAGGAUGAGUGGCUGCCACAUGCAAACGUACCCAAGGAAAUGAGGGACCCCGCUAUCAAGGAAUUCGAAGCAAAAAGGAAGGCUGAGAAUUUAAAGUCCAACGCUGCGAAAAAAAGAAAGGCAGAUGGCCAUCCAAUGGCCGAGUAG